AUGGAUAUGUUGUACGAUCAAACCAAGACCCGCCAUGUUGUGGUGCGAUAUAAAAAGAGGAUCGGAGGAAAGGAAGUGGCGUCGGAAGAAAUAGGGAGAGUGCAGAUAAAUGCCAAGAACGUGGACACGAAGGCAGUUUGUAAGAUUGUUGGCGAUAUGAACACAAGAACCUUUGAUGGUUUGUUUUAUACUAACUUCCAGACGGGAUUCUUCGUUGCUUACAAGCACAAGACGUUGCCGUAUCAGGUGCAAAUAGCAGUUACAGAAUGCGAACCUAAGACCACCUGCAUAUGCGCCGUAGCUGUGCAAUCCGAGGAUGACGUGUACGUGGUCGACCGAUGCAGGAAGCCCGCGGGAGUCUAUGGUGGAGCCUGCAGCCCCGGGCCAUGCCCAAGUGCAACGAAACCUCUACUGCGGACGAAGAUGUUCAGGAAUGGUUUACUGACGCCGUGGACCAAGAUAUUGAAUAGGCAAGGUGGUCAUGAUUACAAAGUGGUCUUGCCGACCACUAUGACAGUGGAUAUCCUUGUCACGGAGACUGCUUUGAAUCUUAUUAUCAACCCAUCGCCGAAGGAUAUGGCAAAUAGUCAAGGCCUCUGCGGCUUCUACGAUGAGAAAACGUCCAAUGACUUCCUUGAAAAAAGCGGAACGACCCUACCGAUCAAUGGAAACUGGUCAAGCAGCAGUGAACCAAAAAAGUUCAUUGAAUCAUGGAAGCUUCCUAGUGACAAGAACAGUAUCUUCUAUGGAGUGGCUCCGAUUAUUCACCGAGACGAGACCUACUGUAGCUGCUCAUUGACUGGGACGAUAGUCACUCCUGAUUGCACAACGAGCCCUGGAAGCUACAAAUAUGUCAACUGGGAUAAAACGUUUAAGGAUGUCACCAGUCUUGUCAACGCUACGAGUGAUCCACCUAAAUCGGGAACCGUCCAUUUAGGGAGUGGUUACCACACUAUAAUACACCCAACGAACCCGCAGAUAAAUGUCACGACGACGCCACCUCCACCAAGUGACAUGAAAUUACCGAAUGGUAAAUGGAAGAAGGAACAAGAUGUCAUCGAUUACUGCAAAACCCUAAUGAACAACGUUGCCUACAAGAACACCCUUCAGCGCUGUAAGGACGUGCCGGGGUCGACCGAGAAGGAUAUAGUGGUCCCCUGCACAAAUAGUAUUAAGCGCACAGGUAAGGAGAGCUACGCUCAGGACUCCAUUGCCUCUGCCAUAGAGAGUUGUCGCAACAACCUCGUCAAAAUGCCGACGAAUACCAGCACGCCAUGGCCUGUACCGCAGCCGUUGAAGACAUGUCCUGCCAAUUGUAACGGGAAGGGCAAAUGUGUAAAUGCAAAAUGUCAAUGUGACGCUGGAUAUGAAUACAACGACUGCUCCAUCAAAACUACAGACCCAACUAAGUUCAUUCGGAUGGACAGGAAUGGCACUUGCGACACAAGGAAGCAGAACUGUUCCGUUUUCACUGUUCAAGGCGAGAACAUUCGACCGAAUUCGUCUUGUGUAUUUGAGGGAAUUAAGGUAUUUGAGCACAAAAAGUACGAAAAGACAGGAAGCAUUUCCCUACUACCAGCCGUCGUCAACAGCAAGAAUGAAAUAACAUGCCUCGGAAAGGACCCAGCUAAACCAGGAUUCAUUCACCCACCAACUAGCGAACUCCUGAAGAAAUAUCCACAAGGAAUAUCCAGGGAUAAGAUUCUCUUUCCUCUACCGGGUACCACGCCUAGUCCGUCCUGGCUGCACGUCGGGCCAGCCCACAUGCCGUUUGAUUCUCUCUGCUUCGAUUGUAAUCCGAAGGAUGUAACAUGCAAACGACAGAAAAAAGGCUGUUUUACGUAUGACAAAUGCUUUGGCCCUGGAGAAGGCGUUCCAGAGAAGUGUGUUGUGUGUGAUCCGGCUAGCUCCAUUUAUCGUCUCGUGCCAAAUAAAGCGCAAGGGUGUGGUGGCUUGAACGAAAGUGGCUAUGACAAGAAGAAGAAAGAGGACUUCGCCUGGUGGAUCUUGCUGAUUUUGUUGGCAAUCCUUCUCCUUGCAGCCCUCAUUCUACUGUGUCUUCUGUGCUGCUGUUGCAAGAAAAGGAAGAAGAAAGAUGAAAAGCCUGCAGCAGCUGCAGCAGGAGGUGUAGCAGCUGAAAAAUCAUCUAUAUUUGCAGGAAUUACGCCGUUGUACUGCACUGACUACACUAAGUCCGGGAAAAGCUCGAUGGGAGUCGGCGCAGCCAGCAUGGCCAGUACGGAAGGUUGUUCCACCCAGGGAGCCCAGACAUUUAUAACGCCAACCGGACAAGCAAGAGUACGGUUUCCUGGAAGCGAUCAUCAAUCCAGUGCAGAUUACCAAAAUCCGGUCGACGUUCCAUGCAACAUCACAGCUGUUACCUCAAGUAGCUUUAGAGCUGCCGGGGGAGGAGGUGGAGAUGGAGUCUGUGGUGGCGUUGGUGGUCGUGGUGACAGUAAUGCUGGUACCUCAAGUACGUUUAGAGCUCGUGGAGAUGCAGUCGGUGGUGGUGUUGGUGGCCCUGGUGCCAUUAAUGCAGUGACCUCAAGUACGUUAAGAGCUGCCGGACGAAGAGGUGGAGGUGCUGGUGGUGGUGCGGUUGGUGGUGGCGUUGAUGGUCAUGGUGCCAUCAAUGUUCAUACCACAGGUACGUUUACACCUUCCAGAACAGGUAGUAGAAGGGCGGGUGGUGCUGGUGGAGGUAGUGCUGGUGGUGGAGCUGGGAGUGCCGCUGUGGUUGGUGGUCCAGGCAGCAUUGCAGCUGAGACCAUGAGUACGUUUAGAGCUGCCGGAACAAGAAGUAGAGGGGCGGAUGGUGCCGGUGGAGGAACCGCUGGUGGUGCUCGUGCUGGUGGUGGAACUAGGAGUGCCGCUGUGGCUGGUGGUCCGGAUAGCAUUGCAGCUGUGACCGUGAGAACGUUUGGGGCUGGCGGUCGAGGAGGUGCCAAUUAUGAAGGAGCUGGAAGUGCUGGUGGAUACGGCGAUGGUGAAGGUGUUUGUAUAGCAGAUGCCAGAGUGGGGACGUCAGCUUUAAAAGGUUACCCCGAUGAUUAUGAUCAGUCUGACUAUUAUCAGGGUGUCGACAGUGGUGGAGGUGGUUUCGUUGCAAGGAGUGAAAGCUUUGGAGAAGAGGUAGCAGAGCAGGUGCCUCACAGUCGAACUUGGUUGUACAGCGAAGGGCGACAGGAUGGACCAACCAGUGACUUGGAUGUUGUCAGGCCAGGCGUUGAUUCUUCUAAUGUGGCUGCGGCAAGAGAGGGCGGUGCAUCAGCUAAUUGGCCAGAAUCCUAUGGUAAACCAGAACGCCAUACAACGGACUACAUGGAGCCCAAAACAAACUUUGAAUACUUUGUGCGUCAGAACAAUGAUCAUUUGCAAAACGACGACUGGGCUCACGGCGACCCCAAUACUGUCGGGGAUAAUGUGGCACAGAACGGAGUGACACUGAGCAGCCGGAGUGUCUUGAGCCCGUUACCAAACAUCGCAGUCUCGCAUCCCAAUGAUUCAUUUGCUGGGAGGGUAAGUUCGGAGUACGGCUACCUGGAUGAAUACAACACGGACACCAACUCCAGACGCUCAAAGCCCUGCACAACUGAUGAAAUCGGUGAUGCCAUGGACCUAGAUAACUCAUUCAGCAACGCGACCUCUAUCUACGAGGCAAACAUUAAUGGUAAACCCUCGUCUAACAACGCCAAGGUUUUCCUCGGUGGGUUGGUGGCAGGGAAACUUAUCAAACGUGCGCGUCACGAUGAAGUGCCGUUGCACAAUACCUACCCUCAUCCCAACGAUAUGAACAUCAAUCCACUAUUUGUUGAUGAUGACGGAGCGCGUGCUGCAGACUAUGGCUACCUCGAUGUCAUGCCAUCUGGGCAGACGAUCUCACAAGGGUCACCUUACGAGUUUUCGCGAACAGCCUACAACACCAACGUCCCAAUGUACUCGACGAUAUCUUCCAGUCAAAUACAGGCACCUAUGCAGGCUUCCGUACCAAUACAGGGGUCUAUGCCAAUGCAGCAGGUUAUGAUGGACCAGGGACCAACCUUCGUGCAACCCGGAGCACAUGUGAUGGUCCAGGCGCCAACCCAAACCAUGCAGCAACCAGCGUACUACGCCCAGAAUCAGCCCUAUAUGAUGGCCAUGGAUUCUUCACUGAGUCCCCAGGUCAGACGCAUCUACCAACCUCAAAUGCAGUCAGCGUAUGCUGGCAGUAACGCCUCAUACGGGGCUAGUAGUGCUACAUCCUUGCUCACUCCCGGGGCGAGUCGCUACGCCACUCAGAGCAGCCGUGGCUUACUCCUGCGAGAGGCUGCAGCUCGUCUGAGGCGGGAUAUGGACAACCAACGGGCUUCGCAAGUGUCAAACCUGCCUAGUCACCUGGACGAUGACGAAUACUAUUUCGUGUCCUCGAAUGGCCUUGAUAAGCUUCACAUUCCUGCUGAAAACGUUGAGGAGUACGUGUACGAAAUGGUUUAGGAUGGACACCGGGAUUGAGAGUGAGACUGAUUCUAUCAUUAUACUGACAUUACUCUAAGUGGACAUAUAGUCUGCACAAUACCGCUUUACUGCAAGUUGCCAAUCAUACCUUUAUCGUGGCGUAUUAUAGUGGGAUAUUUUUAAUAAAACCUUCGCUUGCACCAAUCCGUUAUACCAGUAAGUUAUAAUCUUUCUCAUAUAGCAACGUUUUGGUAACACCCAGUGCAUGAUUUGGCCUUAGACUCAAUAUUCAAUUCUGAUACGAAGGCUUAUCGGAAACCAGGGCCGUAGCAAGAGAAAGGCAGGGGCACAAGCCUUGCUGAGAUGUGUAGCAUUUUGAGGGCAAAAAGAUGUACUUCGCCCCUCCUCUGCCACAGGCCGGGAAAAUUAUAUUGUCAGGCUUUGGACUGAGCGAUUAGUGUGUAGGUUUGGUCAGGCGAGUUGGUUUGUCCGAGAUAUGCAUUCAGGCAAACUUGGAUGUCAAGCCAAAUACAAGCUCCCGAAUCAAUGAGUCAAACUUGAUCUAACCCGGGUUGCCGAAUCUACUGGUCGAGGGUGUGCAUUUCUGUUUGCAUCCGUUAACGAUAGCUGGCCAUAAGAAGAAUGUAUAUGUCCAUAUAUGUGUAGUCAAUUGUGCAACAGUUAACGGCACUGUUAAAUCGUAUGCAUGUAUCUGGCAAUUCAAUGUAGUGGGCAUUAAAUAUG